AAGAAAAAAGAGGGCAAAAUGAUUUUCUCUGGACCGGCAAUGAUUCUGGUUCCCUGAUAUGUACAUAAGCUACACCUUCAUUCAUCCAUCAACAUUUCUACCUCUACUUGUCAUCAAAAUUGUGUUUUGUAUGGCUACUUGUAAUAAUGCAGAAUAUGAGAUUAAUGGACAGUGUUGCCCCAUGUGUGAUCCAGGAAAGCAAGUUAAGAACCAUUGUGAUGAGUACACAAGCACAACAUGUGAUUCAUGUCCUGCGUUGACCUUUACUAAUGUUCCUAAUGGAUUCACAAAAUGUCUGCCGUGUUUUGUCUGUGAUUCAAGUAAUGGGUUGAGAGAAAAGCAGGCAUGUACAUCAAUAUCAGAUACAGUGUGUGAACCUCUUCCAGGUUAUUACUGUGUAGACUUGCUCUCAAACUGUAAAAAGGCCAUGAAACAUUCAACCUGCUCACCUGGGCAAUACAUCAACCAAACUGGAACAGAAUUUAGUGAUACGGUGUGUGAUAUCUGUCCUGAUGGUUCAUAUUCAGAUGGUACAUUCUGCAUACUGCAUACAAAGUGUGAAUCUCUUGGAAAAACAACAGUUAAAGCCGGAACUGAGAUAUCUGAUGUUGAAUGCAGUAAAGGAACACCUUAUUUACAGAUUUUAAUUCCAUCUAUAUGA